ACCUACUCUCUAUUCAUUUCUUACUUCUCACCUCUGCAGCUCCGCUUUUGGAGUUGCCAAUUUCACACAUUUAUUUUCUAUAACCUAAUUCUCUCUCUCUAUAUCUCUCUCUGUGUGUGUUUUUGUGUGUGUGUGUGAGAGAGAGAACGGUGGCUGCUUAUCUCCAUUAGCCAUUUUCUUGGGACAAUUCCAAGAUGCAGGGCGUUCAAGGUGCUAAUAAUGGACUGAGCAAGGUUAACUCUGGUGCUGUGAAGAAGACUGAGAAUGGUAGUGGUGGUGGUGAAGAAUAUGACUUUGAUUUUGAUCCAAGUGCCCCUCCACCGUUUAAGAUUGCUGACAUAAGGGCUGCUAUCCCCAAGCACUGCUGGGUCAAGAACCCAUGGAGGUCCAUGAGCUAUGUUUUUAGGGAUAUCAUUGUUGUUGUUGCCUUGGCCUCUUUAGCUAUUUACCUCGACAAUUGGGCGUUUUGGCCUAUUUAUUGGGUUGCACAGGGGACAAUGUUUUGGGCCUUCUUUGUUCUAGGACACGACUGUGGGCAUGGAAGCUUUUCGGAUAGUGCUCUGCUGAACAGCGUGGUUGGCCAUGUUCUUCAUAGCUUCAUCCUAGUCCCUUAUCAUGGCUGGAGAAUCAGCCACAGAACUCAUCACCAAAACCAUGGGAACGUCGAGAAAGAUGAGUCAUGGGUGCCGUUGCCGGAGAAAAUGUAUAAUAGUCUAGAUUCCUCAACCAAGUUCUUGAGGUUCAAAAUUCCUUUCCCUCUGUUUGCAUAUCCAAUAUACUUGUGGUGGAGGAGCCCAGGAAAGACAGGUUCACAUUUCAAUCCUUACAGUGAUCUGUUCCAUCCAAGUGAGAAGAAUGAAGUCACUGUCUCAACUCUUUGCUGGAGUUUAAUGGCUGCCAUUCUUUUCAUCUCAUCCACCAUAAUAGGCCUUCCUCAAUUGCUUAAGGUUUAUGGAGUCCCAUACUUGAUUUUUGUGGCAUGGCUAGAUCUCGUCACCUAUUUGCAUCACCACGGUCACGAGGAAAAGCUCCCCUGGUAUCGUGGCAAGGAAUGGACUUAUCUUAGGGGAGGACUAACGACAGUGGACCGCGAUUAUGGUGUGAUCAACAACAUCCACCACGACAUCGGCACACAUGUCAUCCACCACCUAUUCCCACAAAUGCCACAUUAUCACUUAGUUGAAGCGACAAAGGCUGCUAAACCGAUACUGGGUAAGUACUACAGAGAGCCAAAGAGAUCAGGUCUGUUCCCGUUUCACCUGUUUGGUAAUCUCUCAAGAAGCAUGAGGGAAGACCACUAUGUCAGCAACGAGGGAGAUGUGGUCUAUUACCAAACCGAUCCUCGUCUUUAUGGCUUUCCAGAGCCAACCAAGAAUAAGUAAUCUUACACCAUUUUUAUAACCCUGAAAGAACAAAAAAAAAGAAAGAAAAGGAAAGGAAAGUCAUCAUUGAUUGCUGCUGCUAUUAUUUCUAUUGUGAUCUUGUUGUGGCUGUGGGUGAUUGAUCACCUACCCUUAUCUCAUCUAUUAUUACUGUUAUGUAGAACUUGUUGGUUGAGUAGUCUUCUUCCUAGUUAAGAUUACAUUUUUUACCAUUAUGUCGAACCUCAAAUUUUGUUUGUUUCGAAUAAUUUGAUCUUUUAUUCUCUGUUUCCUAUU